AUGGCGGCGAGUACUGGUGGUGGAGUGGGAGCAGAGGACGUGGUGAGGAACAAGCAGGUGAUUCUGAGAGACUAUGUCUCCGGCUUCCCCAAAGAGUCUGACAUGCAAGUGACCACUGGCACUACCAAGCUGAAGCUUCCAGAAGGUUCCACUGCUGGGGUUUUGGUGAAGAACCUCUACCUCUCCUGCGACCCUUAUAUGAGAAGCCGCAUGACCAAGCGCGACCCUGGCGCCAGUUAUGUCGACUCCUUCAACGCCGGUUCGCCUAUAACUGGAUAUGGAGUCGCUAAAGUUUUGGAAUCUGCUAAUCCCAAGUUUAAGCAAGGCGACUUGGUAUGGGGGAUGACUGGGUGGGAAGAAUACAGCAUCAUCACUGCAACAGACUCUCUCUUUAAGAUUCACAACACUGAUGUGCCCCUCUCUUACUAUACUGGAAUUCUAGGCAUGCCUGGAAUGACUGCUUAUGCUGGUUUUUAUGAGGUUUGCUCUCCUAAGAAGGGAGAGACAGUUUAUGUUUCAGCAGCAUCUGGAGCAGUAGGUCAGCUUGUUGGCCAAUUUGCAAAGUUGUCUGGUUGCUAUGUUGUUGGUAGUGCUGGAACCAAAGAAAAGGUUGAUCUGCUGAAGAAAAAGUUUGGGUUUGACGGCGCUUUCAAUUAUAAAGAAGAACCUGAUUUGGAUGCAGCAUUAAAAAGGUUCUUUCCGGAGGGCAUCGAUAUAUACUUUGAAAAUGUUGGGGGAAAGAUGCUUGAUGCAGUGCUGCCGAACAUGAGGGUCCACGGUCGGAUUGCAGUUUGUGGGAUGAUCUCACAGUACAACCUGGAGCAGCCGGAAGGGGUCCGCAUGGAAGGUUUCCUGGUUUUUAAUUACUAUCAUCUUUACGGGAAGUUUCUUGAAAUGGUUUUGCCUGCCAUAAAAGAAGGGAAGAUAACGUACGUGGAAGAUGUAGUUGAAGGGCUUGAGAGCGCUCCAGCAGCUCUGAUUGGGCUCUUUGCGGGGCGCAAUGUAGGAAAGCAGGUCGUUCUAGUUUCCCGAGAAUGA